AUGAACGGUGAUACAUUUUUCGAAUGGUUCAGUGGCAUUUUACCUUUAUUGAAAGAUAACUCAGUAAUAGUCAUGGAUAAUGCACCGUACCAUUCAGUGAAAACAGAAAAAUCACCUACCUCUACUUGGAAAAAGGCUGCCAUAAUUGAAUGGCUUGAAUCCAAAGGCGUAGAGACUAACCCGUCAAUGAUCAAAUUUGAAUUGUUAAAAGCUGUCCGAGAAAUUAAACACAAAUAUGAUUUGUACGUGGUUGAUGAAGAGGCCAAAAACCAAAACAAAAUUGUACUACGUCUACCUCCAUACCACUGCGAACUCAACCCCAUUGAGUUGGCAUGGUCGGUUGUAAAAGGACAUGUGAAAAAAAAUAACACAACAUUUAAAAUAAAUGACGUUCGGCAAUUAUUAAACGAUGGUAUAGACAAAGUGACACCUGAAAUGUGGUCCAAUUUUGUUUCACACGCUAUUAAGGAAGAGGACAAAUUUUGGCAGGUAGACUAUAUUACUGAUGAAAUACUGGACGAACAAGAACAAUCGCACGUGUUAACUAUUACUGGAUUGACGACUUCUGAUUCAGAAAACAGUGAUUGA